UGAAAAGCGAGACUUACUUGCACAUACGCAAUUGCUGCUCCAAGUCUAAUUUUGAAUUAGCGGGCUGAAAUUUGCUCUUUGGACACUAGCAGAAGUCAUAUAAGCCGUUCGUCAAUUCACAAUCUAGAACUCUUCAUUUGCCAUGGCAGAUACGAGACAAGAGGGCAUUCGAGAGAUGGUCUCCGCCUUGAAAUAUGCUUAUGAAUGUGACUAUCCAGAACGGGAGGUCUACUGGUUGCAGAAAGUGUGCGAUGAUUACUAUGGAGGAGAUGUUUCAGAAAUGAAACACAAGUAUCUGACACCGACGUUGACACUAUUGAAACGCAUGAAAGAGGUGAACUUCCCAUUGACAAAAAACAACAAAGUUAUUGUGCAUUUGUUUCCAUUCAAGCACGCGUUGAACGUCGGCGAAUUCUAUUUCCAGACUAGCAAAUCGUGUCCGGGUGAGCUGGCGCUGAAAUUCACCAAAUACUCAACUCAAGAUGAAUACAAGAACGCACUCGAUAACCCCCGAUAUGAGGUACAAUUCACAACUAUCUCGGUGGAGGAUCUGGCUAAAGUGUUUUCACUCUCCUACCUGGAAAAUCUGAGACGAACCGGGAAAGAAAAAAACAACACCGAACGAACCAGUGUGAGUCUUAGGUUAUGUGUUGUAAGUGACGUCAGUGAAGACAAAUCUGACGUCGUGGACUGUGAAGACAUCAUGCCUGAUAACAUAGAUGAACAUAUCAAACAUAUGGAUGAUGACGAUAGGAUCCAACAAAAGGCAAGUAUAACACCAUGA